UGACAGUUGAAUCGUGUCCCGCCUACAAGGCGUGGAGUCGUGUCUCCUUUCCACAAGUCUGGCACUGGGGACACAAGGUAAACCGACUACGGGGCCGGAUGGCGCAAACACGGGGGGAGCUGACACAGGAGUUUGGACAGCAGAGCUGUGAAACCAACUGACCCCAUCUGGAGUUAUUUGUCAGGGUUUCAUAAAGAGGCUCUAGCCAUAAAACAGCCAUGCCUCCACCAGCUGACAUUGUCAAGGUUGCCAUUGAGUGGCCUGGUGCCAACGCGCAGCUCAUAGAGAUGGACCAGAAGAGACCUUUGUCCUCCAUAAUCCGUGAAGUAUGUGAUGGCUGGUCUUUGUCGGGCUCAGAGCAGUUUGCUCUGCGUUAUGCAGACGGUCCUCAGCUUUACAUCACCGAGCAGACACGUGGUGACAUCGAGAAUGGGACCAUCCUUCGGUUAGCAAUUUCCCCUGCUCGUGCUGCUCGUCAGCUCCUGGAGAGGAUCCAGUCCCACGUUAUAGACGCUCGGCUUGAGGCUCUGAAAGAGCUCGCCAAGCUGUCUGCGGACCCGACCUUUGCCACCGAGUUCAUCAACAUGGAGGGCAUUGGGACACUGGCCCGCCUUGUGGAGAGCGGCACCCACUUCGGGGAAAUGUUGGCCUUCACUCUCACGGCCUUCCUGGAGCUGAUGGAUCAUGGCAUUGUGUCCUGGGACCUUAUCUCCCUCUCCUUCAUCAAACAGAUCGCGGCCUACGUGAACCAGCCGAUGGUGGACGUGUCCAUCCUGCAGCGAUCCCUGGCCAUCCUGGAGAGCAUGGUCCUGAACAGCCACAGCCUCUACCAUCGAGUGGCCCAGGAAAUCACCGUGGGACAGCUCAUCGGGCACCUGCAAGUGUCAAAUCAGGAGAUGCAGACCUACGCCAUCGCUCUCAUCAAUGCUUUGUUCCUGAAGGCGCCAGAAGACAGACGGCAGGAAAUGGCGAGCACUUUGGCUCAGAAACACCUGCGCUCCAUCAUCCUCAAUCAUGUUAUCAGAGGAAAUCGUCCGAUCAAAGCUGAAAUGGCACAUCAGCUGUAUGUGCUGCAGGUGCUGACCUUUAACCUUUUGGAGGAAAGAAUGAUGACAAAAAUGGAUCCUAAUGACCAGGCUCAGAGAGACAUUAUUUUUGAGCUGCGAAGAAUUGCUUUUGAUGGAGAAACUGAUCCCACUGGUACGGAGAAGAGAAAGGCCAUGUACACCAAGGACUACAAGAUGCUAGGAUUCACUAACCACGUAAACCCAGCCAUGGACUUUACCCAGACUCCUCCUGGAAUGCUGGCUUUGGACAACAUGCUGUAUUUGGCCAAAGUUCAUCAGGACACAUACAUCAGGAUUGUUCUGGAGAACAGCAGCCGAGAGGAUAAGCACGAGUGUCCCUUUGGCCGCUGCGCCAUCGAACUCACUCGGAUGCUUUGCGAGAUACUCAAGGUCGGAGAGCUGCCAUACGAGGGCUGUAAUGACUACCACCCCAUGUUCUUCACCCAUGACCGUGCGUGGGAGGAGUUCUUCUGUGUCUGCAUCCAGCUGCUCAAUAAAACUUGGAAGGAGAUGAGAGCCACGUCUGAGGACUUCAACAAGGUGAUGCAGGUGGUGCGGGAGCAGAUCACAAGGGCUCUGGCGAUGAAGCCAUCAUCUAUAGACCAGCUGAAGAACAAACUGCGAGGCCUCAACUAUUCCGAGAUUCUGCGUCUGCGGCAGUCAGAAAGGAUGAGCCAAGAUGACUUCCAGUCUCCACCAAUCAUUGAGCUGCGAGAGAGGAUUCAGCCUGAGAUCUUAGAGCUCAUCAAGCAGCAGCGACUCAACCGGCUGUGUGAGGGAAGCUGUUUCCGUAAACUGGGAAACCGCCGAAGGCAAGAGAAGUUUUGGUUCUGCAGACUCUCUCUGAAUCACAAAGUGCUGCACUAUGGAGACUUGGAUGAGUCACCUCAGGGGGAAGUGCCAUUUGAGCUUCUCAGCGACAAAAUCCCUGUCUCAGAUAUCAAGUCAGUGUUGACGGGGAAAGACUGCCCGCAUAUGAAAGAGAAAAGUGCUCUAAAACAAAACAAGGAAGUGCUGGAGUUGGCUUUUUCUGUGCUCUAUGAUCCUGAUGAAACCCUCAAUUUUGUUGCACCCAACAAAUAUGAGUAUUGCAUCUGGACUGACGGGCUGUGCGCGCUCCUGGGCAGAGAAAUGGGCAGUGACCUGACACGCAGCGACCUAGAUACUCUUAUCAGCAUGGAGAUGAAGCUCCGCCUCCUUGACCUUGAGAACAUCACGAUCCCAGAAGCACCACCUCCUGUGCCAAAGGAGCCUAGCUCAUAUAACUUCACCUACAACUACAGCUGAAACCUGCGUAUGCCUGUGGGAUUGCAAUGCAUGUUACGUGCUUGUCAAGUAUGAGCUUGCUCAUUUUUAUUUUUUUUUAAUAGCAUAUAUAAGUAUACCAGAAAAGGUUUCUUUGGUUAAUUCAUUCAGUCUUUAUACUUUUCACAACCCAAGAGAGUCAUGUUUGUGGUGAUGAAAAACCAAAUAGCAAACACAUGUUAAUAAACUUCACAGUGAUGUCAGGUCCAGGAUCAAAACAAUACAGAGCUUCAACAUCCACUGAUUUCAUUUCCAAAAUUCUAAUUAUUUCACUUGAUAUGUUUUCAUUUUAAAUUAGGUAAAUCAUAACCGUUCUUGGCCCAAAUUGACGCACAUCCACAUACCCAAUACCUGGCCAAAUUUAGGGAACUUCACUGGAUCAGAGCUCGUGGUGAGCAGACGUCAGGACACCAAGUUUGCAGACAUCUUGCCUCAGUUGGCUAUUUUCAGCUGGGCUGCACAAGUUACUGCUGAUGCUGCCUCACAUUCUCUCAUUCACUUCCCUCCCAGACAAAUAGAUUUCCUUUCAUUGAUUAAUAAUUGAAAGGUGUGAAUUAUUAAUGCAUAUGUUCAAUCAGAUCAAAGAAACAAUGUGUGACAGUGAUGGCCGCGCCUACCAUCGGUAUCAGAAACAGCAUCCAUGUGAAUGAGAAGAUCAUAAGCUUUUAUGUUAAGUGAUUUAAAGAAAAACAUUUCAUGAGCCUUUUGCUCUGAUUGAUGUCCUGCAUGGUCAUAUGAUCUAAAUCAUAGUCCCUGCAUUGCCUUAUCACUCAUGCACUCAGUAAAGAUUGGUCCCAUUAGCUAUAAUUGUACAUGAAACAUGUUACAUCACCAACUUUUUAGGUGUAGUAGACAUAAUUACAAUUGAAGUGUUUGAAAUAUUUCAGUCUAUGAUGCAUUCAGAGGUGCUGUAUGAACGGUUACUAAAUGUUAGAUAAUGCAGUAUAACUUUGUAGUUUUUGGUUCCAUCUUUAGUUUUACAAUGUGUUAUAAAGCAUUUCUUACCUGUUUACAAUUUGUAUAUUGUUUAUAUGUGCAACAGAAAUAAAUAUCUUUAUAGCUAAAAUACAAAACAUAUUCAAUUCUACCUGAUGACACCAAUGUCCUACUGUGCUGUCAAACGUAAUUUUAUUUUAAAGAAACUCAAUGGUUGUCAACAGAGAUUUAAAUGAACGGUCAAUAUGAAGUAAAGGUGUGUGUUAAUCAUUUAUUGUUUUAAUAUUGCUGUAACAGUAAGUGCCAUAUUAAGUCAGCAUUAAAGUGUUGCCGUAUUUGGGGGGAAAAAGGAAAAAAAUCACACUGUUGGAUUAGAUAGUGGUUUUAUUUAUACAAACCUAUGUUUCAAAAGUAAAAGGUGUGCUCUUAUUUCUUUUAGUUGCUUUGCAUAUUUUUUUACAUACUCACUGUGCACAAGCUGCUCUGUGACCCCCUUAAAUGCAGAAUGUGGAAACGAGCCAAACCCAGAGAGUUUUAAUUCUGCCCAUGUUAUCGUUAUUAACUUUAUUGUGUUAUUGUUUGGUGUCAUUUUAUAAUGUCCGCAUAGCUGUUGGUUUUAAAUAUUGUCAUGUUGGCUUGUUAACCAGCUCUGCUACCAUUUGUCAAUGAACUAUAGAAUUAUAUUUUUGUAAAUGAUUGUAAACAUUUGUGAAGAGAA